ACAAGCCGUGGCGCAGGCGCAGGGGGUGCGAUGGCGGAGCUGGCGAUCGGGCAGCACUGCGGGGCGGAGCACUGCGGCCAGCUGGAUUUUCUGCCCUUUGUAUGUGAUGGCUGUUCAGGAGUUUUUUGCCUUCAACAUAGAAGCCGGGAUUCUCAUGGCUGUUCUGAGGUGAAUAUAAGAAGCGAGAGCAUGAAAUCGGAUGAACAUCGAUCUUACCCAUGCACUUAUAGGGACUGCAAUGGAAAAGAGCUUUUACCAGUUUUAUGCCCCUACUGCAAGAAACAGUUUUGCUUAAGACACCGUCAUCAGACAGACCAUGAGUGUGAGAAACUGGAUACCCCUAAACCUCGCAUGACUGCUACCCAGAAGCUAGUUAAAGAUAUUAUAGAUUCUAAAAAAGAGGAGGCAGUAAGAAGCAAAAGACGGAAAGGAGCAAAAAACAGUGAAACAGUAGCAAAGGUGGCACUAAUGAAACUGAAAAUGCACGCGUGUGGGGAUAAGUCCUUGCCACAGACAGAAAGAAUUUACUUUCAAGUAUUUUUACCUAAGGGAAGCAAGGAGAAGAGCAAACCCAUGUUCUUUUGCAGUAAGUGGAGUAUUGGCAAAGUAGUAGAUUUUGCAGCUUGCUUAGCAGACCUUAAAAAUGACAACAACAAAUCAACAGCCAAGAAAUUAAGGCUGUGUCAUACUACAUCUGGAGAAGCUUUGCCAUUGGACCACACAUUGGCUACUUGGCUAUCCAAUCAAGAGUGUCCAUUAUAUAAUGGUGGAAACAUUAUUCUGGAAUACCUUGAUAAUGAAGAUCAGUUUAUAGAAGAUACAAAUUCAUAUUUAGAGUAGCUAAUUGGUGAACUGGAUGGAAACAAAGAUCAUCAGAAAAAACACUGAGCUAAAUCCAAGCACAGCUUACGUUUAGAAUAGGUUCAGGCCUGAUUUGGCCCUCAGCCACCCAGAAACAAUUCCCACCAACUUCAGUGGGAGUUGCAUCUGCAUAACUGUGGGUAGAAUUGAGCCCAAUCUCUAAAAAUAAAUGUAUAUAUUUAAUGUAGAACAGUUGUGGUUACUUGAAACAAUAGUUUAACCCACUUAAUAAAUAUUUGAUGUUGGUGAAUUUGAAAUAUUUAUAAGACAGAAAGUGUUCCAGUCACAACUGGCGCAGGAUGCCUAUGGCAGUAAACUAACUAAUCCACCAGCUACCAAAACUUGGGAGUGGUUGAUACUGCUAAAAGAAAAUGGAUUGGUAAGCGGACAUCACCUCUGUGAUAUGACUCUUUCCAUUUAUUUUAUUCUAUUGCCAUUAUGCAACCAAAUGAAAUUUUUAUCUUUGGUUUUGUAUUUUAAAGUAUUCUUUUUUGUACAUUACAAAGUAUUGAUGAAAACAAUAAAUGAAUUAAUAAUGUAAA